GGCGAAUGUCUCUUACGAUCGAUAUUCUGACAUCUACUGGUUCAGUUCAGUACAAGAGUAGCAGAGCUGCUGACAAGUCGUGCUUCACUGACGAGAACCUUAUUCGUAGUUUAAGAUGGCAGAAGAAGAGGAUGAUGAUUACACAGUGUUUGAAGAUAAACCAGGUUUGGCAGAGGAUAUGAAAUUCUUAGCAAGUAUGCCAGAACUAUGCGAUGUGACUUUUUUGGUUGGAGAAACACGCGAACCUGUUUGUGCUGUCAAAGCAGUUUUAGCUGCAAGAAGCAGGGUUUUCCAAAAGAUCCUUUAUGGACUUCAACAACAACAACCAACGUUUCCAAAAGAAUCAGCUACUAAAAAAAGGGAGUCAUUUAAAGAAACAAAAUUGAAAUUGUUCCUGAAAAGAAGCAGCGAACCUAUCAUCAACAUUCAUUUCCCUCAGGCACCAAUAAAUGCUCAUCAAACCUUAAUUGUAGAAGAAUUUGAACCUGACAUCUUCCGUCAGAUGAUCGAAUACAUACACACAGGAUGCGUUACUUUGCAAGCCAGGACACUUUUAGGUUUAAUGAAUGCAGCAGAUUAUUAUGGCUUGGAAGAAUUAAGAAAAGCUUGCAUGGGAUUUGUUCAAUGUUGCAUCACGGUAGAUACAGUCUGUGCAUUAAUGGCUUCGGCCGAGAGAUAUAUACAAUAUAAAUGCACCAAGUCUUUAUUGCAAAAGGUUCUCGAAUUCGUAGAUCUACACGGUAACGAUGUGUUAAGUUUGGGAAGCUUCGCACUUUUGCCAGAACACGUAGUCAGAUUAAUACUCUCGCGUGAGGAACUACAAGCGGAUAAUUUAUCAAAAUUUCACGCAGUAUUAAAUUGGGGCAGGCGUUACUGUGAAACCGAACCAAACAGUGAUUUGAGAGAGAUAAUGACAGAUUUUAUCGAAUAUAUAGAUUUCUAUAAGAUACCCGCCGGUGUAUUGAUGCAAGAGAUUCAUCCUCUGAGGGUGGUCCCCGAUCACGUGAUCAUGAACGCAUUAGCUUAUCAGGCAGAUCCGGCAAGUGUCGAUGUUAAGAAUAUCGUAUCUCCUCUAUGUUUUCGUCGUCCCACUCUUUUGAGAUCGUUAUCAAUCCAAGGACCAACACCACUUCCUCUUAACGACAAACUCGAUAAUGAAGAAGGUAAUAAACCGUGUAAUGGAGAAGAAGUUGAAGAGAAAAAAGAGAAAAUGACAACAAGAUUAAGCAAAUCUGUAAGAAGAAAAUUGUAUAGAAGGAGUAAAACUGUUACAGGAGGAACAGUAAAUCGUUGACUGAAAACAAUCUCCGUUUUAAUUUUUUUUUUAUAAAUCAUAAAGUCAUGUUUAGUUUGAAAAAAUCUAAUAGUGCCUCAAUUAUUUUAAUUAAAUUAUUAAUUUUUCUUUUCUUUUUUUUUAAACAAUAAC